UCUGAAGUUUAAUAUUAUGUUCUUUCAAAUGUUUACAACAUUAUGAUAUAGAAUACAAUGCUGCCUGUACACCUGUGUGAGAUACUGGUGUUUUCACAGCAUGAAACGCAGUGGCUUUCGUAGCUAGUUUAGGUGCAGCUGUGUUGGAAAUGUCAACAACUCAAAAGUAUUUGAUACUGAGGAAAGAGCCCAAAACAAGACACCACUGCUUUUUGAAAAGUGUCAGAGAGGUUAAGUAAAAACAAAAGAGGAAAAGUUUCUAAAUAUUUAACAAGGCCUUGUGUUGUAUCUAUUUCUUGUAGUUAUCAAUUUUAAUGUAAAAAAUCCUAUUCUGAAAAAUAGCUGUCAGCUUCUCUCAGUUGUUAUAGUUACAGUUAUUGUGCACUUUGUCGCCCGCUGCCGCCGCCAUGACACAUCACAGCAGUUCGCAGCCCAGUUUCACUUUUCUUCCAUGGCUUGCGAAGUGUGGCGGUCGUUGUAAGAUAGCGAGAAACGCCGUGAAACCUUUGUAAGGUCAGUAAAUAUGACGAAUCUCAAAGAUAUCCAGCGUAUUUGAUGACAGGUAGACACUGCGGCGGGUGCAAACAGAAGAUCCUUCGCUGAUGGCAGAGCCGGGCCGGACUGUGAGGGUGAGCGGUCUGCCCACAGACACUGAGGAUGCCAGGCUGAAAGAUAAGCUAUUUAUUCACUUCCUGAGAGACAGGAACGGAGGAGGCGAAAUAGACUCUGUCACUAUUGUCAAGGCAACGCCCGCGUAUGCCCUCAUCACCUUUGAGGACAGUGGAGUGGCACAGAGACUUAUUCGACAGAGACGGCACACUCUGGAAGUGGAUGAGAAGAAGUUUGAAGUCACUGUAACUGAGCACCGUGAACGCCUGGAUCCAGACAAGGUCAUCCCAAGUUUAUCAGCAAUGGUUGACUACAGCCAGCUUCCUGGGGGAGUGAUGGCAUUGACAAGCCUUCAUAAGAGCCACCCCGAUGUCCAGAUAAGCUACGAUGCUACUGCGGAUUUGUACACAUUGUAUGGCGUCUAUUCCAAAGUCCAAGCUGCCUUGGCUCAGCUGCUUGGUCCACAACCAAAAGAAAACAAAGACUCAGGUCAACCUGACACAAGUGGCUCCAGGUCUGUUCAGGUAGCACAGAAGCCUCAUGCUCAGGAGUCAGAAGAUCGGAGCAGGGAGACUAAUAAGCAACCAGAACAAAGAGAGGAAGUUCACUCUGAUGAGAACAACUCAGACCCACAUAGAGACCUGACACCUGGUGGUAAUGGCUGGGAAGACACUGUUCAGACACAGGCUGCACCUCUGCAGCAUCCUACAACAUCAGAGGAGGAGUUCUUCCUAAUGGUGGAUGCUGACAUGUUCCAAUAUGUGCAGAAACACUGUCGAAAGGAAUAUCAGCAAAUCCUUAGUCAGCAUGGUGUUGAUGUGGUGGAUAUGACCAAUCAGGGGUUGACUAGUCUAUUUCUGCAGGUUACGACAGGAGUGGGGGACAAUCGUCGCUGUCAGGAGACCCUAAAGUUGGCAAAACAGGCACUGAGUAGCUUUUUCCAAGAGAAUGAGAUCAAAAUCCGUCGAGCCCAGCUUCCUAAGAUUAUCCUAACACCAAGGGGGGGACUGCGAAGGGCGAAAGAGACCUUACGUGUCAGACAUCCCAAGCUUCUUCUGACUGAAGAUGACCGAAAUAUUUACAUUAUCGGCAGCAGCAGUGAUGUGUCAGAGGCCAAGCAGUUUCUCUUGCUGGACCACAGCAAAGAGUCAGGAAAGAAAGAGGAUGUAGCCAGUCUUCUUAGAUAUCCGUCCUAUGAUUCAGGUUCACUAACUCAUGCUGAUGAGCAGAGAGUCCCCCUCACCACAACCCCCACUGUAGAUCCAGUGGAUGAUAGGGUAGAUAGGCUGCUGAGGUCAGGGGAGGAUGAGAGGAGAGCUGAAGGGGCCAGAAGGUAUAAGUUAGCUGCUCGGUUUAAGGAUACAGGGCUGGCUGCGCUGGGCAGUCGGCCAACUGACCUCAGUGUACGAGGCGGGCUCUCGUCUCCCAUUAGGCAAGCUCGCCUUGGGCCAGUGUUAGGGCAUGAUGUACUGUCAGAGACAGCCCAGAUUGGUAGUGAGAAAGUCUCCAGGGCGGUGUCCCAAAACACUGGAGGGGACAUCUUGUUUAGGAGUGGAGAUUAUUUGUCUUCAUCUGCUUCGCUGAAUAAAAACUCCUUGAGCUCACAUUUAGCUGAUGCUAGACCCAAGAGUUUAACGUCCCCCCUUAGCACAAAUCAGUCCAGUUCAUCGGGAAGUCCUCCACUUCCACCUGCUGGGUCUGGAUCUACCUUGAAGCGAGCCAGCAGUUUCUCAGGAACUCCUCAGCAGAGGGUGCAGGUUACGGGUCAGAAGAGUCAAGAGGACUCCAGCAGGUCCACAAGCAGACCAAGGGCCAGGUCCUCUAGCUUCAGUGACCAAACAGGGAAGGAGAAGCGUGAAGUCCAUAAUGCAGAGAUUACUGUUUCCAAUGUGAUGUGGCAGCACAUAAAAGAGGCCUACGGCACCCGAGUGGAUGACCUGACUUCUGAUGUCCAGGUGAAAGAGAGACGCUCAGAGGUUAGUAGUGAUCUGACCAUCACCUUGCGAGGGGCAGAAUCAUUAAAAGUGAGUUCAUGUCGACUAGGUUUACAGAGGCUGAUUGAUUCGGUUUCAGCAGACUUUUCCAUGCAGCGACUGCGCUUGUUUGAUCUUGGUAUCCCUGACGCAGCAGAUGAAACCUUACAGGCCUGUUGUGCGGAUGUACGUAGCCGCUUUAAGAAAGUGACUAUCUUGAUAUUAAAGGAUAGUUUAUAUCUUCUCGGUCCAAAACAGUUGUGUUCUCAGGUACACGCUGCACUGCGGGAGGUAUUUUCAGGAGAUUUAGCCCAAAUACCAGAUCAGAAGGACUUCUCUUCUUCUGCUUCCUCCAAUUUGAAUCCAUCCACAUUUUUACAAAGGAAUGAGGACAAAAGCCCGCACAGUAAUCCUCAGGGAAUCCCAGCGAGCCAAACAAGCAGUGCUGAUUGGACUGGUUGUAGUCAGGAAAGGGGACUGAAAAGUAGAACUGACCCCCAACAGUCAGAGCAUGUGAAUGGAUCUAUUAGCAAGCCAGCAAUGAGGAAAGAACCAGUCAUUAAGGAGAAAGUAAGAAUCGGAAACACACUGGAGAUGGAUGGACAGAGGACUGAGAUCAACCACUCUAAAACAGGAAAUGAUAAAAGUGCGAGUCAUGUAGACCGAGUCGUGGAAACAACAACCCGUACUGAUAAAGACAUGGCUCUUUAUACGAAAGAGAAAAGGGAUCGAGUACAGCAAAGAAAAACUGAGAUCCAUGGCACCCCAGAGGAAACCAGGCCAGGUUUCAUAGCCCCAGGGUCCAUCUGUGUUUGUGGAGAGAGUGAGAAGUCGAUGACCAAAACUAAGUGUGGAGCUAUCAUGUGCUCAAAGUGCCUGGACACUGUACAUGUCCACUGCAAAGUCUGCCAUGAGACACCACGAGGCAUCCAGGGCAAAAUGAGCUCCUCUAGAAUCCACAUCAGCAUGCCAGGUCACAAGAAAGACUCUGCUAUCAAGAUCACUUAUGUCAUUCUUGAUGGCAUCCAAGAGGAGGGUCACCCUUCUCCAGGAAAACCAUUUCAAGGAGGAGUGUUUGAAGCCUACUUUCCCGACUGCGACAAGACAUGGAAGCUGCUGCCCAGGCUGGAGAAAGCCUUCGGGCAGGGACUCACCUUCACCGUGACAGAAAAAGAGACAGGGGCCAGGGUCACCUGGGACUGCAUACCACACAAGACCAGCCUGCAUGGAGGCAAACCGGGGAACGGUUACCCAGAUUCCACCUACCUCUCUCGCUUGUCUGACGUCUUGAUCUCACACGGGAUCGAGGAGCAAACGGAAAUCUGAAGGGGUUCAUCUGCAGUUUUAUAUUCAUGUGGUUAGAGCCAUUUGCACUAUAUUUGUACGAUGACAAGUGCCAGAUUGUAUUGCUGUGUUUGAGCAAGUUCAUGAUGUCUAUAUAUAUAUAUAUAUAUAUAUAUAUAUAUAUAUUUCUUUCAGAGUUACAGCUGUCAUUGCAGCUGGAUCUGCCUCACCGUUGGUUUCUUUAGCAUAGAUUCAAAAAACAUUCCUAGACUUUUUUCCCCCAUAGUUUCAGCUUUAUUUUGUACUCUUUUAUACUGUAUGUAUAGUAUUGAAUUGAAAUACAUUUCGUUUGGUCCUGUGCGGUUUAAAGGAUCAUCUAGUUUCGGAAAAACAGGAUGAUAUUUGCCGAAUUUUUGGGGUGCGUUAAAUUAAUGACUUUUAAAAAGCAGUAAAGAAACUACGAGUAUCAAGAAAUCACAGAAAUAAAAAAAAAAAAUCACAUCUCCUGACGUUUUGUUAUGCUUUUUUUUAUUAGUCCUGGAAAACAUGUAAGGCAUAUGGUAACAUUACACACUGAAGCGUUACAAGCUCUAGAGGCCAUGUGGAUACCAUGGCACCACGCAGUAAACCCAGAGUCAAGCACAGAAGCAGCAUCAAUUCAAAGGGUUUAAAAAACAAAGUCUAGACGAGAAGAGUGUUUGCAACCAGGAAAGAAAAAAAACAAAAACAAAAACCAAACAACACAAGGCAGGACGAGAACUAGCUUAGAAAUCAACCUGUUGGGUAUGCCUUGUAGAAAAUUGCCAGUGGUGGCUGAACUCUAACAGGAGGUGUGUAGUGGGAUGGAUGUGAAGUGAAUUUCGGAAGCAUUCCCAGAGAUAGGUUAAGGUGUUUCAUGAAUGUUCCAGCUGUGCUCGUGGUGAGGGUGAGGACUGGGGGGAUGGGGGUGGGGGGCAGGAGGCACUGGGGGCAGUGGAUUGGCUUCAGUUGGCACGACUGGAAGGGCUUUCUCCUCUCUCACACCACGCCACUACAUGACUACUAAACUACCAUGGAAAGAGAAAAGGUGAGCUGUACAUAAACACAUGCCUCGUUUUCUGGUCAACUACACAUGCAUCCUAGUGCUGUACACGACAAGCCCAGUCAGGUUGUACUUCCGUAGCAUCUCUAAUGUUUCUGUGAUGUCACUGCGUUUCAAUACCGUAAAAAAUAAAUGCAAGGGAAAGAAUAGCUGCAGGCGGAUGUGGUUGUUUGGGUUCUCGGUGUGGAUGAAUGAACACAGCGGCUCAGGCAGAGCCUCUCCUUUAGACUCGGAAUACUAAAGCUUACACCAAACAUGGAUGUGCGAAGGAAAGUUGGUGUGACAGUUUUGUGCAGUGAACUCAGUGAAACACAGUGAAAUAGAAUGAUGUGUCUGUGUGUGCGUGUGUGUGUGUGUGUGUGUGUGUUAGUAGAUGCAAAAAAUUAAGUGGUUU